ACACACACACACACACACACACGCACACGCGCACACGCACGCACACACACACACACACACACACACACACACACACACACACACACACACACACACACACACACACACACACACACACACACACAGGCUCUGGAUGGAUCACUGUGCCAGAUGAGACAUUUGCGUGACGAGUAGCUAUCAGGGGGAGGAGUCAGAGACCUGCUGCUUUUCUGUCUGUGUGUUCUUGUCUCCUGUGAAGCAUCAGCAGCAGUCUCAGCUUAUUACUGUGUGUUGAGCUCCAUAUAUAUAGCUUAGAAAUUAGAUUAUCGGUUAUCUAAGAUUUGACCUGUUGGAUUUUCUACCCCUGCAGCACUACUUUGUCUCUUCUUCUCUUCUACUUGCUCUGACUGGGAAAUUGAUCUGGAUAAGAGAUGGAUGUAGAAAAUGGAUUCUAUCGACAUGUAGACGUCCCGGAUGAAGUUCACUACAUUGUGGCUUUCUUUGUUUUGGUGAUUGGAGCAGUGGGAGUUACUGGGAACGCCUUGGUCAUGUACGCUUUUUCCUGCAACAAGAAACUUCGAACACCUCCCAACUUCUUCAUCAUGAACUUGGCGGUCAGUGACUUCCUCAUGGCAAUAACCCAGUCUCCCAUCUUCUUUGUUAACUCACUUUACAAGGGCUGGAUUUUUGGGGAAACAGGGUGUAAAAUCUAUGCUUUCUGUGGAGCUUUAUUUGGAAUCACCUCAAUGAUAAACCUUCUGGCCAUCUCCAUAGACCGUUACAUAGUUAUCACCAAACCUCUGCGGUCUAUUGGGUGGACCUCAGUGAGACGCACCUGCCUGAUCAUCGUCCUGGUCUGGCUUUAUUCACUAGCCUGGAGCCUUGCACCACUUUUAGGGUGGAGUUCAUACAUUCCAGAAGGCCUGAUGACCUCAUGCACGUGGGACUAUGUAACAUCUACUCCAGCCAAUAAGAGCUACACGUUGAUGUUGUGCUGUUUUGUUUUCUUCAUCCCCCUGGGCAUCAUAUCCUACUGUUAUUUGUGCAUGUUCCUGGCCAUUCGCCACGCCACCAGAGAUGUGGACCAGUUGGGCUCUCAGGUGAGGAAGUCCACCUUGAUCCAGCAGCAGUCCAUCCGGACUGAAUGGAAGCUGGCAAAGAUCGCCUUUGUAGUCAUCAUCGUGUUUGUACUUUCGUGGUCACCUUAUGCAUGUGUCACCCUCAUCGCCUGGGCUGGAUAUGCAAGCAUCCUUAAUCCAUAUUCCAAAGCCGUUCCUGCUAUUAUAGCAAAGGCAUCAGCCAUCUACAACCCCUUCAUCUACGCCAUCAUUCACUCCAAAUACAGAGACACCCUGGCAGAAACGGUUCCUUGUCUACACUUCCUGUCCCACAACCCCAGGAGGGACUGCGUGUCAGUGUCACUCAGCAAGUCCUCCAUCAGGGAGUCAGAGCUCAGCAGGCAGUCAUCCGUCUCCAAAACACAAUUUCACAGAGUUUCCUCCAUGUCUACAACAGACACUCAGGUUUGCAGUGAUGUAGAACUGGAUCCUAUUGAUCAAAGCCAUUGUCUAAAGCUGAGUUCCUCCAGUGGAGCUCUAAAGCAAAAAGAGAACAAUUCAUUUAUGGAACAGAUGGAGGAAAAGGGAAGUCAAAGUGAGGAAUGGGUUAGUUUGUCAACAGAGUGAUGUCCUUCGUCUGGAAGAGGUAGAAUGAAGAGAAGCUGGAAGAUGAAGAUGUAAUGAAAGCACUGCAAGUAUAGAAGGAAAAAUGUAAGAAUGAGUCACAGAAACAUGAGAUAACAUCUAUCCUAGAGUGGUCAGACCCAGUUCAUAUGACCAGUGAGAAUGAUUCACACAGGAAAACUAAUGAUUUGUUUACAGCCCCUUGACUACUCAUGAUCAACAAAACAUUGAGACAAAAGUUGCUUUUUGCAACAUAAAUUUGGUAAAUCUUAAAGGUGUGGGAAACUCAAUACAGGUGCUGGUCAUAAACUUAGAAAACCAAGAAAACGUUGAUUUAUUUCAAUAGUUCCACUCAAAAAAGUGAAACUUGCAUAUUAGAUUAAUUAAUUACACACAGACUGAUAUGUUUAAGUGUUUAUUUAGUUAAUUUUGAUGAUUAUAACUGACAACUAAUGGAAAUACCAAAUUCAGUAUCUCAAAAUAUUAG